AAUUCAGCCUUAGACCGUUUUCGUUUUCGAUUAGAGCCUCGAAUUUUCAACUUCAAACAAAAUAUACUCAAGUCCUCAUCACCUUUGUGACCUGUACCGCCGCAUCGCAACACAUAGGACUGGAACCCUAUACCAAGGGUAUAUAAGCCGGCCAAGAUGAUCCAACUUAAGACGAUGCUUAACUGCAUCGACAACUCGGGAGCCGCCAUAGUCGAAUGCGCCCUAGUAGUCGGUCAGAAGAGGCACGCAACAAUUGGCGACAGGAUAGUGGCCAUCGUCCAGAAGCAGCGCGGUGCGAGCGAUGCCGGUAUGGGCGCCGCCGCAGGAGCGAACAAGGUGAAGCGCGGCGAUAUCCGCCACGCCAUCAUCGUACGUACCCGAAAGCAGGUCCAGCGUCCCGAUGGUAGCGUCGUUCGCUUCGACGAUAACGCCUGUGUCCUCAUCAACAAGGCCGGAGACCCUAUUGGCACCCGUGUGAACGGCGUAGUGGGCGCCGAAUUGAGGAGACGAGGAUGGAGCAAGAUUUUGAGUAUGGCGCCCGCUCAUGCCUAGGCGAUAUUAUGCAUAAUAAGAGGAGCUGAGGUGUAUCUACGCGUCAUGAUAAUGGAGAGGGUAUGAAACAGCGAAUCCACUGCGAUGCCAACUUAAAGAAAACCCUAAUAUCAUGGAAUGAGUCAAGGGACUCUAUGUCCAUCGAUUAGGAGUUGUGCAUCUGAUGUACUAUAUACUAAGCACGCAUAUAGCAGGCGUUGACAUGGCGUGCUGGCGUCGUACUAAUUGGCUGGUACGCAUUAUGAGAGGCCCCGGCUAUUCUCGCAAUCGAAUUUAUGAAAUCUCCAAGCACUACAUUACACGCUUCACGGAAACCUCGCCUAUUCGCGCAGUGGAACUCUUUAAUAGUCGUACUCGGCUCUUCACUUAGGGGUUGGGUUAGCACGGAUUUAAAAUAGUACGAAUGAUACGUAAAUGUGACUUUGUGUUAGGAAAC